GUCUCUCAAUCGAGUUAGUAUAUAAUUGCGUUUGGUGACAGUAUUCUUUCUACGCCAACAAGUCCCUAUCGCCACCCAAAGAGGAAAUGCCACCGGAUCACUUACAGCUUUAAAAUAGCCAGAGCAUAUUCUUAAGUUUUACAUGACCUACUUUAUAUGGUCGGUCAGUGUGCUAAAUAUUAUGGGGCGUGGUCUGCACUAGGCCAAUUCGAAAUUGAAAUGUGCUUUUAAAUAAUUUUUGAAGAAACUGUCGCUACGUUAUUGCUAAAUGUGCAAUUGCGUUGCGUUUCUAUGAUUCUAGUCCAAAAAGAGCAACCAUCCGUUUUAAAUUUUGUCGACGCAUAGCAUUUUACGAGCUCGAGGAUACCGAAUCACAUUACCUUGGGACGCACUGUACAAACCGGACGUCAUAAUUUAACAAGAAAUUAGAAGGGAAAGAUGGACCCUUGCAACAAUCUGAGUGGGGUUGUGCGGCCAGGUCAUGGAACGCUUCUCACGGUCCGCUCCGGCAGAGAUGUGCUGCCCUACCGCGUGGGCCCCGCCCUCUCGACAUACAUGGUCGACUACAUCCCCCCCGUCCUCAUGCCCAGCUACAACGGCGGCCUGCCCGGCGUCGCCAUCUGCUUCGCCAACACCGGGAGCUCAGCCACCAAAAAGAAUCUGCAGACCGAGCGGAGUGACAUCUUAGGGAAUCGCGUGCGCCGGAAGUUUUUGUAUGGCCGACUGCCCUGUGACUACACCCCAUUCCCGGAUGUUGCGUCCGCGAAGAAAGUGAUGAAGUGGAAAAAGUUGAGCGAGGCUGCUAAUGUGCUUCCCACCAACGUGGAUCGUACCAUGCGACAGGAACUUCGCAACUUUCAUGAGCGAUGUGUCGAUUUUCGUGACUACUACUUGGAUAAGACGAGCAGCUUGAGUUCAGACCCAUUCUUUGAUGUGGGCCGACCUUACCCUAUCCGUUGUCCCGUGGAUGAAAGAGUAUUCAAAAUGAGGCGCUCGGAGGAUGUUUGUGACCGUCCAGGUUUUCUGGGUCCCCCGCUCCGUUGUGGGGCCAUGCCGUGCUUGAAGCACAAUGGGAUGCUGUCGCCCUUCGUGGUCCCCAAACUGCCUCGCUCGCCAUUCCAGUGCGACGCUGUCAAGCCCAAGGACCCCAACGAGCAUGAGGUCCUCCUCGUCUGAUCAGAAGGGAAUUUCUUUAAUUAAUGCAUACGUAUUUAUGAAUAAUAUUCACAUAUAACAUGCGAGUAUUGAAUAUCUAAAUUUCUCAUGAAUAAAUAAAUCCAGUCUAAACCUGUCACUCA